UCUGUUAUGUUGUUUCACAGCAACUUUGAUACAAGCAAUGCAAUAUGGUGCAAACAUAUCACACCAAAUGGAGUAUCUUCUUGCUACUGGAAAUCUGAUAUCAAGAUCAGGUCAUGGACUUAUGCAGGUCUCAGGAUUCUCAGUUGUAGCAGACCGGCUCAACUUUUAUAGGUUCCUGUCCCAUUUCCGCUGUGUCCACAGAGGUUCCUUCUUUUCCCAGAUGAGAACGACAUCUGUCAGAAAAUUAUUGCCUGAAGCUUGGGGUUUCCUGUGUCCUGUUCAUACUCCAGACGGUGCUCCUUGUGGUUUGUUGAACCACAUGGCUGCAUCCUGCCAGGUUGUGAAUACUGUACCACAGACUGCCCAUCUCUCCAGACUCCUGUGUUCAUUAGGGAUGACUCUGAACGAUGCCCCAGCGCCUGCUGAUAUGAAGUCUUGUUAUACAGUUGUAUUGGAUGGUAGAGUCCUUGGCAGAGUUGAUAUGGACCUUGCUCCAGCUCUUGUAAACAGGCUCCGGAUGUUAAAAGUACUUGGACAAGAAAAGGUUCCUCAGAUGUUAGAGAUCUGUCUUGUGCCUAUUACAAGUGUAGCCAGUCAGUAUCCCACCCUCUUCCUCUUCUCCACUCCAGCUCGGAUGAUGAGGCCAGUUUUCAACCUGGCAGCUGGUAAAGUGGAAAUGAUUGGCACUUUUGAGCAGGUUUAUAUGAACAUUGCUGUUGUCCAAGAAGAAUCGCAUGAAGGGGAAACAACUCACCUUGAAUUGAAACAGACAAGCAUGUUGAGUGCCAUUGCAAGUUUAACGCCAUACUCUGAUUUUAACCAAAGUCCUCGUAACAUGUAUCAGUGUCAGAUGGGAAAACAAACAAUGGGAACACCAGCUCAGGCACUGAAACACCGCGGUGAUAACAAACUCUACAGGAUACAGGUGAGGGGGGACCCCAUUGGGUUGUGCUGACAUGCUUGCAACGAAUCAAAGUAAUGAUGUAUUCAUUGGGCUUUUAAGUACAAUGGAUGGAUAAAACCUUUUCCACACUUCCACUUCUUUUCACUUUGAAUUCUUUUAGCUUUG